GCCGACAUCAUAGUACCUUUUCGUACUAGAAAUCAGCAUGAAGUUCGCUCUGUUCGCUGUCCUCGCACUGGCCGUGGGUCUGGCCCACGCCACGGACUACUGCUCGUCCAGCAUCUGCAAUGGGGGAUCGCAUAUCGCGUGCGGCCACAGCAACUGGUGGGACGGCGGGUGUCCCGGCGAUGCGGAGCUGAUCGACAUCACCGACGACUACAAGUGGGUCUUUGUUCACUCGCACAACGACAAGCGCAACUACAUUGCUGGCGGCUAUGAUGCCAAUCACGAUGCCGCCUGCCGCAUGGCCACCAUGGAGUGGGACGACGAGCUGGCCUACCUCGCCUCCCUCAAUGUCCGCCAGUGCGAGAUGCGCCACGACAGCUGCCACAACACCGACAACUUCAAGUACUCCGGCCAGAAUCUCGCCUGGCAGGCCUACUCCGGCGGUCUGCCCGACAUGGGCUACAUCCUCGACAGGAGCGUUCAGAUGUGGUUCGAUGAGGUGCAGAACUCCAACCGCGGCAUUAUCGAUGGCGGCUACCCCAGCGGCUACUCCGGCCCGGCCAUUGGCCACUUCACGGUGAUGAUGUCGGAGCGGAACACCCGUGUGGGUUGCGCCGCCUCCAAGUACAAUCGCGAUGGCUGGAAUCAGGUUCUGGUUGCCUGCAACUAUGCCACCACCAACAUGAUCGGCCGCCAGAUCUAUUCCAGCUGCGAUGGCAGUGCCCAGCGCUGCAGCUCCGGCACCAACGGAGAGUUCGGCAACCUGUGCUCCACCUCCGAGUGGUACGACGUGAACAGCUGGUAAAAAGCUGAGAAAAGCAAACCAACACGAAGCCCUUUAAUUGGCUCAAAUCAGAGAAUAAUUAAAAGGCCAUUCAGCAUUUUUGAGACUUCAAA